AACUGUCGUUUUAAUUUUUCAAGAAUCAAGAAAUACACGCAACAAAGAUUUACGCAAUUUAGGAAAUUUAAUUUCCAUUCAAAAUUUCUUGUGAAGUGAAAUUUCCUGGAAACAUUCACCCCUUCAUGCUAUAUAUAGGAGCCACCCAAUCUCGCAAUACACAAGUAUCCUUCCCGGUAAACACUGUUCACCAGAUUUCUCGUAGUCAAAACGACUGAAAGCUCUCUUUAGAUCUUUUUUCGGGGCGUUACAAUGUCUCUUAGGCUUCGAAAACCUGGAGAGAUCACUGCUGUUGAUGAAACCACCAGCUGCUCAUCACCAGCCGUCAGGCUAGCCCACCGGAGGAGGCUCCGCCUCGCCUGCACAGCCAUCUACUUCACCAAGGUGCUCGAGUCCCUCACCAAGAAGGUUCUCGAGAACAACCUUGGGAUCCUCCGGUCGCUCUCCUAUGUGGCGAUCGACGUCCGUCCUGGUGAUGAUGGUUUGAAGGACGGGAAGGAUGAGAAAGUCGACCCGAAGUCUCUGAGCCCCAUGGUUAGGGAGAAGAGCCUUGACGCAUUGGCGAAAUUCGGUGGGGUGAGUAGGCUCGCUUCGGUUCUUGAAACUGACCUGGAAAACGGCUUGAGCGGAGACGAUGAAACUGAUCUUGCACGUAGAAAGAAUGUCUUUGGCGAGAAUAGGUACACCAGACUGCCUGCAAAGCCGUUCUUCGCGUUUGUCCUGGAAGCCUUCAAGGACCUGACCAUAUUGAUCCUCCUGGGCUGCGCGGUCCUCUCUCUUGCGUUUGGUAUCAAACAGCACGGCUUGAAGGAAGGCUGGUAUGAAGGAGGUAGCAUUAUCAUCGCGAUCUUCCUAGUUGUGGUCGUUUCGGCCGUUAGCAACUACAAGCAGAGCCGACAAUUCCAGAAGCUCUCGAACGUGAGCAGUGACAUAAAGGUCGAGGUCCUCCGCGGAGGCAGGAGGCAGAAGAUAUCAAUCUUUGAGGUCCUCGUGGGCGACCUCGUGUGUCUCAAGAUUGGGGAUCAGGUUCCUGCUGAUGGCCUCUUUGUGGACGGGCAUUCCUUGAAGGUUGACGAGUCGAGUAUGACUGGGGAGAACGAUCAUGUGGAGGUGAACGACAACGAGAAUCCUUUCCUGCUCUCGGGGACAAAGGUGACGGCUGGGUAUGCCCGAAUGAUGGUGACCUCGGUGGGGAUGAACACAGCCUGGGGAGAGAUAAUGAGCUCAGUGGCCCGUGACUUGGCCGAGGAAACUCCCUUGCAGGCCCGACUCAACAAACUCACCUCAAGCAUUGGGAAAAUCGGGCUCACGGUUGCAUUGGUUGUCCUUGUAGUCCUGAUGAUCAGGUACUUCACCGGGAAGACCCGUGAUGAGAGUGGACAUGUGGAGCUCAGAAGCGGUCAUACAAAAACAAAUGAUGUGAUGAAUGCUGUUCUAAGGAUCGUUGCCACAGCAGUGACGAUUGUAGUGGUUGCAAUUCCCGAAGGUUUGCCUCUGGCAGUCACUCUUACUCUCGCUUACUCGAUGAAGCGAAUGAUGUCUGACAAUGCCAUGGUCCGGAAGCUCUCCGCAUGUGAGACGAUGGGUUCCGCCACAACCAUCUGCACUGACAAGACUGGCACGCUGACUUUGAAUGAGAUGAAGGUCACCGAGUUCUGGGUCGGGAAAGAACGCGUCAAGAAUAAUGAUGCAGCACCCACUGUCCUUGAGCUGCUCCUAGCAGGGAUCGGGCUGAACACGACAGGAACUGUUUAUAGGCCAGAGGGUACUGCUUCGGUUCCAGAAGUUUCAGGUAGCCCAACAGAGAAAGCCAUCCUCUCAUGGGGUGUGAUUGAGCUGGGCCUGAAGAUGGACGAGCUGAAGCGCGGUUGCCAAAUUCUUCAAGUCGAAGCGUUCAACUCAGAGAAGAAGAGGAGUGGGGUCUCAAUGAGGAGAGGUGCACAUAUUCAUGUGCACUGGAAGGGAGCAGCUGAGAUGAUUUUAGCACAUUGCUGGCAAUUUUAUUCCCAGGAUGGAGACAAACAAAUGCUUGAUGCUCAAGCAAGAGGCCAGAUCAGGGCAAUAAUUGAGAAAAUGGCUGCAAAGAGCCUCCGCUGCAUUGCGUUUGCUCACAAAGAAGUUACCGACCCACAGCCCCACGAGAGCUCUCUUGAGGACACUGAAUUGACACUUUUGGGUGUGGUGGGGCUCAAGGAUCCAUGCCGCCCGGAAGUUAGAUCAGCAGUGGAAUCAUGCAAGAAUGCGGGGGUGAACAUCAAGAUGAUUACCGGAGACAAUGUCCACACUGCAAGGGCGAUUGCUAUUGAGUGCGGCAUUCUUGAAACCCCCAAAGACAACUCCAAGGUUGAUGAGAUGAUUGUUGAAGGCGUGGAGUUCCGAAACUUCUCACCUGAAGAGAGGUUUGAGGCUGUAGACAAGAUCCGCUUGAUGGCCCGAUCUUCACCAUUUGAUAAGCUCCUAAUGGUGCAAACCCUGAAGCAGAAGGGCCAUGUGGUUGCAGUCACAGGAGACGGGACAAAUGAUGCCCCUGCCCUCAAGGAGGCUGACAUCGGCCUCUCCAUGGGAAUCCAAGGGACCGAGGUGGCAAAAGAAAGCUCCGAUAUAGUCAUACUGGAUGAUAACUUUGCCUCAGUAGUGACUGUACUCAGGUGGGGCCGAUGUGUGUACAACAAUAUCCAGAAAUUUAUCCAGUUCCAGCUCACAGUGAAUGUGGCAGCGCUUGUGAUCAACUUCAUAGCGGCAGUAUCUUCGGGUGAAGUCCCCUUGACUGCAGUCCAACUACUAUGGGUCAACCUGAUAAUGGACACUUUGGGUGCUCUUGCACUGGCGACAGAGCGGCCCACAAACAAUCUCCUGAGCCACCCACCUGUGGGGCGAUCUGAGCCACUUAUAACCCUCGUCAUGUGGAGAAAUCUCCUUGCUCAAGCUUUAUAUCAAGUCACUGUCCUUCUGAUCCUUCAGUUCAAGGGCAGGUCCAUUUUCAGGGUGGGCGAGGUGGUCAAGAACACAAUCGUCUUCAACUGCUUCGUCCUCUGCCAGGUUUUCAACGAGUUCAAUGCCAGGAAGCUCGAGGAGAAGAACGUGUUCAAGGGCCUUCACAAGAAUAAGCUUUUCAUUGGGAUCAUUGGAGUCACCUUAGUUUUCCAGGUGCUGAUGAUCGAGUUCCUCAAGAAGUUCGCAAACACCGAGAGGCUGGGCUGGACACAGUGGGCUGCCUGCAUUGGGAUAGCAUCACUAACUUGGCCUAUUGGAUGGCUUGUCAAGUGCAUUCCAGUGUCCUCUGUACGGUCUCUCCUUCCCAGGAAACAAGUCCCAGCAUCCUAAGAUGGCAGUGUCAAGUCCUAAGGAAAUAAAUCUUCUUUUUUACUUAGGCAACAUAUUAAGGACUCUAGGAAUCACAACAAUCUUUCAUAAGUUUAGUGAUAUUGACUUGCAGUAGCUGUUGAUUCAUGUAAAUUAUAAUUAGCUUUAUCAGUUUGAUAUUCU